UAUAAAGUAGAAAUACAAAACCUUCCCAAAUACAUCGGGUUUAAUGAUGUGAAAAAGUUCCUUGCCAAAUAUGGACUCAGUCCUCAUAAGAUUAAACUUUUUGGGAAGCAGACGUUCGCGUUCGUGACGUUUAAGAGCGAGGAGGAGAGGGACAAGGCCGUGAAAGUCCUCCAUGGGGUUUUGUGGAAGAGCCGGCACCUGAGCGUUAGGCUUGCCAAGCCGAAAGCUGACCCGAUUGCAAAAAAAAGGAAGAAAGAAGAGGAGACGGAGCAGGGAGAGGUGAAGCGGCUGGCUCGCUCCAAACCCAGCGGACAGGGGCCUCUCAGCACGCAAAUCGCAGAUGUGGGGACACCCCUAUGUGAACAAGUGCUGCAGCGGCUGACAAAGGAAAUAGGAAAUAACAACAGAGCUUUAUUACCUUGGUUGUUCCUGCAGAAGCAGAAGUACAACAAAUUGUGUUGCCCAGUAGAGGGAGUGAAAGCAUCACCAUUACAGACUGAAUAUCGCAACAAAUGUGAGUUCUUGAUUGGGAUUGGUGUAAAUCAAGAAGACAAAACUGUGGGUUGUCGUCUUGGCAAAUAUAAGGGUGGUACAUGUGCUGUAGUGGAGCCAUUUGAUACUAUUCACAUCAAAAAAGUAGUAAAAGCUUUCCAAGACUACAUAAGGUCAACUCCUUACUCAGUUUACAGCCCAGAAACUUAUGAAGGUCACUGGAAACAACUCACAGUCCGUACCAGCAGGAAAUAUUUUAAUCCUCAGAAAUUAAGUAAAGAAGAGCUAGCUGACCUGAAAAUCUCUCUGGCAAAAUACUUCACAGAAGGGAUGGGAAAGGACAGUGGCGUUACUUCUCUGUACUUUGUGGAGGAAGGACAAAGGAAAUCUCCCAAUCUGGAAGACUUGCCUGUGGAGCAUGUGGCUGGUGAUAAGUACAUAUAUGAAGAACUUCUUGGCCUCAGAUUUAGAAUUUCUCCUCAUGCAUUUUUUCAAGUAAACACACAAGCUGCAGAAGUUUUGUAUAUGGCCAUUAGGGAGUGGGCGCAACUGAGCCAGGAGAGCACUGUACUUGACGUCUGCUGUGGUACAGGAACUAUUGGGAUUUCUUUGGCAAAGAAAGUAAAGAAAGUGAUUGGAAUUGAACUCUGCCAAGAAGCUGUGCAGGAUGCCAAAGUGAACGCCCAGAUUAAUGAACUGAGUAAUAUUGAAUUUCAUUGUGGAAAGGCUGAAGAUAUUGUUCCUUCCCUAAUUAACGUGUUAGCUCCUCAGAACCUGAUUACUAUUGUAGAUCCGCCACGAGCAGGGCUGCAUUCCAAGGUUAUUCUUGCCAUUAGAAGAGCUGAACAUCUGAAGAAGCUUAUCUAUGUAUCCUGCAAUCCCAGAGCCGCAAUGAGUAACUUUGUGGACCUCUGCCGUGCUCCUUCCAAUAGAGUCAAAGGAGCCUCCUUCCGUCCUAUUAAAGCGAUGGCUGUGGAUCUCUUCCCUCAGACCAGGCAUUGCGAGUUACUGAUAUUCUUUGAAAGGCUGGAGUAUGCCAACGGGAGCUCGGCUGAAGCAAUGCCCAAUGCUACUGAAGUCACAACAGCAGGACAUGACUCAGAAUGCUUGGAUGGCACCAAGGCAUCUAACACUGAUGCAAACCAGGCAACUUCUGUACAUAUAGAUACUGCAUUUGAAGAGACGGAAUCAACGUGA